GGAGGAACCGUCGAGCAGGGCGGCAGGACACAGUGGGGAGACCCCAAAAGAUGCUGCUGCUUCUGCUCACCUGUCUCCUGCCCACGGCCGGCGGGAAGGGCUGCCUCCGCUGCUGGCCGGAACUGCCGGCCUUGCUGAACUACGACCUGCAGAUCCUCUGGGGCUCCCCGGGGCCACCCGCAGAGCUCUCCCAAAGCCUGCAGUCCCUAUUCCUGGAGGAGGACACCUUGGCCAAAACUGCAUACCUUGAUCGGAACCAUUUGGAAGAGGCAACAGCCAAAUUCUUCAAUGAAUUAGACCAAGCCAUUAAGAAGUGGCGGGAUGACAAACCCUUACUGCUGGAAGAAGUCCACAUGUACAAGAGUCUCCUGGCUGAGAAGCUGACUGAGAGGUCGGGGGAGCUGAAGGAAAGGGCCUGCAAUGAAUCUUGUGACAUCCACACGCCACUGGAGAUCACGGAGUGUGCAAACUGCGGGACUCACUUCUUCUCCUGUGACGACCCUGCCCUCUGCCCAGCCAAGCACCGGCGGAACCACAAGUUGGCUCUGGGCAUCAGCACGAUACUGCUCGUAGCCUUAGCUGGAGAUGCUAUGCUUUGUGGCUCAGGAAGAAGAAGAAGGAAGAGGCGGAAAAGGAACAAGGCAAACACAUGACUCUCAGGGAUGAACAGAAGCUGCAGUCCCCGUCAAGAAGCUCGCUCAUCUCCAGUCCCAAUACCGCUUCCUCCCGUGACCCCUUCCACCCUGGGCAUCCGAGGUGGUGACCGUCCAGAAGUUCUGAGGCCCAGGAGCUCCUGCUCCCUGCAUGAUCUCCCUAGACCCACACCAGCAUUAAAAUAGCUCCUGGUGUUCCACUUGACCUUGCUGUGUGCUUCCUACUGGGCCCCACACAGGGCCCUGUGCACCUUCCCCUCUCCUCCCCACUACGAAAGCUUCCACCCUCUUCUCCACCAGGUACACCUGCUGUCCUGGUCCUGACCCACAAGCACGGUAGGCUCACCCAGCCUUGCCUACUUCCAACAGCAGAGAUGAGGGCAGGGGUGGCCCUCAAGGGGAUCCCUGCCUCUGAGUGUGGAACAGAAGAGGUAAAAGUCUAGCUGAAGGCUGGGCAAAAGCAGAGACUGGGGAGCUAUAGCAGGGAUAGC